AUUUACUUUAAUGAAUCUAGCAGGCCAGAUCAAGCCAUCCCUUACCUUGAAAGAUAUAUGGAGUGAUGACCAGGUAUCUUGUGAUAAUAGCGAUGAUUGCUUCCCUCAGAUACCUAAGGUGACUCAUCAGUUUAAAAACACUUUAAAAGAUAACAAAGGGAAACUGAAAAAAGAAGACUUUAUAAAGAACUUAGAAAUUCCUUGCAAGGGACAACUGUCCAAAGACGAUACUAUUGUGAUUGGAAAGUCAACAGGUUUUAAAACAUGAUCUAAGCAUAACCCUCAUGCAAAGAAAUUGAAACCGUUAACUUUCAGCUCUUUUGUUCCUAGGAGAAACUCAAAGGAACUGAAGAAGAUCCCCUCGAGUGAGAUCCUACAGUUACUGCUCUCAUGAAAAGAGAUCUAGUUUGGCUCUGGGAUACCUCUUAUUUAACAUUUUUAAUUUCUGCUGAAAGUUCGGAAAUUUUGAAAAUUAAUAAAAGUUAUACAAUUUUGAAGAAUUCGAGAAAAUGUAGGAAUGAAACUGUGGUAGAACUCUUGAAUUGAGCAAUUGUUGUGUUAAAAUAAAAGAAUCAGAAAUUUAGAAAGCAAGAUAAGGGAGAUUUAAUGAAUUAGGUGAAUAGAAUGUAGGAAGAAGUUUUCUCUGGUUUUUG